AUGAUUUUAAGUUUAAUUGUUUCCAUAAUUUCCACAUUUAUUAUAUUCACAACAUUAGUUUAUUUUAAAAUUUCAAAUAACAUUAAUAAAAUUAAUAAAACUAAUGGAUUAAAAGGAAAAACUAUUUUAUUACUAAUUUCUCAUCCUGAUGACGAAUGUAUGUUUUUUGGUCCAACUUUAUUAAAUUUAAAAUCUAAAAACGAUAUAAUUGUUUUAUGUUUGUCUAAUGGAAAUCAAGCAGGAAUAGGUGAAAUUAGAACGAAAGAAUUAGAAGAAAGUUGUUUAACACUUGGAAUCAAAAGAACUCAUGUCAAUAUAGAAAAUAAUCAUAGAAGUGGAAUUUCUGGUCAUUUAAACCAUAUUUCAGCGUAUAAUGGUGCAAAACAUUUCAUUAAAACAUUACCUGAAACAAAUGUUAUUUUAUAUAAACUUGUAACAGUUAAUAUAAUAAGAAAAUAUAUUUCAAUAUUUGAUUCAUAUUUAACAUAUUUAAAUUUCAUAUUAUCAUCUGAUAAUUCUUCCGCUUCAUCUUAUUCUUCUUAUUCAUCAUCAUCUUCUCCGCCUGUUUUAUCAAGGGAUAUCAACGGAGAACUAAAUUCUACUUUUUUAAAUAAUUUUAUUUUAUUUAUCUCAUCGCAAAAACAAUUUUAUCAAACAAGAGAGGCGAUGGAAUGUCAUAAGAGCCAAUUGGUUUGGUUUAGAUAUUUGUAUUUAAGAUUUUCAAGGUAUAUGUUUAUUAAUGAAUUAGAAAGAGUAAAGUAA